CUUUUGUAGUGUAAAAUAUGUAAACUAUGAGAUAUUCACCAUAACCACAGAUGAUGAGAAAGUGAAGUUAUUCAGACUCACACCCAGAACACCUCAGAGGCCCGUCCCGAGACAGCUCACAACUCGCUGUAAUCAUCGUUGUCCCACAGCCAGCCGCCCCCUCCAAACCACAACCCCGCCAUCUCCCGAAUUUCCAAGAAACUGCCCGCCACGCAGGACAACCAACACCACCAUGGCGACAGAACAAACCACCCCAGAGGCCUCUGAGGCAUUCUGGCUAUUUGGCUAUGGGAGUCUGCUAUGGAAACCACCACCACAUUUUGACCAACGCCUAACCGGCUACAUAACCAACUACGUCCGCCGCUUCUGGCAAGAAAGCCACGACCACCGCGGCACCCCCACCCACCCCGGCCGCGUCGUCACCCUCCUCACCCACGCGCACUGGUCUACGCUCGCCGACGUGCACGCUGCGCCCGACAAGGUGUGGGGUGCUGCGUAUCAUAUCCCCUCUAGCCACGCUGCGGAGGUGAGGGAUUAUUUGGAUAUUAGGGAGAUUAAUGGGUAUAGUAUUGAUUACAUAUCUUUUUUUCCUAGUGAGGCGACAGGGGGGGAAGUGGUGGGUGAAGAGCGACAGAAGGUGGAGGAGGGUGAAGAGAGGGAGGAGAGGGGGAGGAUCAAAGCGCUCCUCUAUAUCGGGACGCCGGAUAACCCGCAGUUUACGGGCCCGCAGGAUGUAGAUGAGUUGGCAGCGAGGAUAGCGGGGUGUGAGGGGCCGAGUGGGAGGAAUGCGGAGUAUUUGUUUAAUCUUGAGGAGGUGUUGGGGGAGUGGGGGGGGAUGAACAUGUGGGUGAUUUGGCGGGAGGGUGAGGGGGUUUUGGGGAGGGAGAGGAGGUUGGAGGAGGUGGUGGUGGUUGGGAAGGGGAAGGGGGGUGGGGAGCAUGAUGAGGAGGAGGAGGUUGAGCGGUAG